UUCUGGAGGGAAAAAAUUUCGGGUGGCCGCAGGCUGGCGCGGGGGCUUCUCACUUUUGCUUCUCACUAGUUUUGUUGGCAUUUGCAGUGACUAAUUGUUAUAAAUCAAGCGGGAAAUCUUAGAAUGGCAGACUUGCUGAACCAGAAGCAGAUUGAAAAGCUGCUGCACACCCAUGUGCCAGGCAUCGACGAGGUCAUUGUCGAGUACGUGCAGGGAUAUCUUAAUGACGCAGCGACAGCAGUCAGCAAUGGCGACAAGGACGUGGGUGAAGAUCCAGUGGAAGACCUGAUCAGGCCGAUGCUGGAGGAGGCCGGCGGCAAGGAAUCCAAGGUCGAGGAUCUGUGCGUCAAGUUUGCCGCGUUGCUGAGCGAAAUCGAGCAAAAGGCUGGUCCGGCCAAACGGUCCGGGAUGGCCAAGCUCGCAGCGCCCGUACACAUGGCGGCGCAGCUGGCACAGAUCGACAAGGCGGCCCGCCUUGCGCAGACCAGGCCUGCGGACCUGUCGCACACCAAGGGCCGUUCGGUGGCGAGCCAGGUGGACACAAAGAAGCUGAAGAAGGCAGAGGCGCGCAUUGCUGCCAAGCUGCAAAAGCGCGAGCACCGGUCGCUGUACGAGGCAUCGAAGCUGAUUGAGGAAAACCCGAUGGAUGAUGACGAGCUUUUGAUGAAGGUGAACCCGAUUCUGGAUUACACAUCGACCCGCGGCAAAAUCAAGGAUGUCAAGGUCGACAACUUUGACAUUUCGUAUGCUGGCAAGCGCAUUCUCACCAACUCUAGCAUCCACCUUGUGUAUGGCCGUCGCUACGGCCUUAUCGGCCGCAACGGUAUCGGAAAGUCGACACUCUUGCGGAACAUUGCGCGCCGCGAGCUGGCAGUGCCCACGUAUAUCAGUAUUUUGUUUGUCGAGCAGGAGAUGGCUGGUGACGACACGCCUGCAAUUCGCUCGGUGCUCAAGGCUGAUAUCUUCCGUGAGCAGCUGCUGCGUGACGAGGCGGACGUCAAUGCGGAGCUGCAGCGGCUGGAUGCCCCGGCACCGCUCGAUGACAACGGCGAGGAGAUGACCAAGCUGGAGAUCGAGGCAAAGAAGAACGAACUGGGCGACCGUCUGAACGGCAUCAUGACCAAGCUGCAGGACAUCGAGUCCGACAAGGCCGAGUCCAAGGCCGGCGAGAUCCUCAAUGGUCUGGGCUUCGGCUCGGUUGACUUCCAGCGCCCGACCAAGAGCUUCUCUGGAGGUUGGCGCAUGCGUCUGUCGCUGGCCCGUGCUCUGUUCUGCAAACCCGAUCUGCUUCUGCUCGAUGAGCCGACGAACAUGCUUGAUAUCCCGGCUGUGGUGUGGCUCGAGCGGUACCUGCGCACGUGGACCAGUACUCUGCUGGUUGUGUCCCACGACCGAGAGUUCUUGGACGAGGUCGCCACCGACAUCAUCCAUCAGCACUCGGAGCAGCUUGACCACUACCGAGGCAACUUCAAGUCGUUCUGGGACACGCGCGAGGAGCGGCGCAAGAACCAGAUCAAGGAGUACGAGUCGCAGAUGGCGUACCGCCAGCACUUGCAGGAGUACAUUGACCGCUGGAGGUAUAAUGCCAACCGUGCUGCCCAGGCGCAGAUGAAAAUCAAGAUCCUUGAGAAGCUGCCGGAGCUCGAGAAGCCCGAGGACGACAAGAUUGUGACGUUCUCGUUCCCGGAUCCCGACUCCAUCUCGCCGCCGGUUAUGUAUAUGGAUGAGGUCACGUUCGGCUACAACAGCGAGCGCAAGAUCCUUGAGAACGUCAACAUUGACAUGCAGAUGGAUGCUCGUGUUGCUAUUGUUGGUCCCAACGGCGCCGGUAAGACCACGCUGCUGAAGCUGCUGAUCGGCAAGCUGGAUCCGACCACAGGCAUGGUGCACCGCCACGGACGCCUGAGAAUUGCGUAUUUCUCGCAGCACCAUGUCGACCAGCUCGAUCUGGGCCUGACGGCCGUGGGCCACCUGAAGAAGACGUACCCGGGCAAGACCGACGAGGAGUACCGCAGCCACCUGGGCUCCUUUGGCAUUUCGGGCAUGACCGGUCUGCAGGAGAUCCGCACCCUGUCGGGAGGCCAGAAGAGCCGUGUCACGUUUGCCGGCCUGGCAGUCCAGAACCCGCACUUUUUGGUGCUCGAUGAGCCGACCAACCAUCUUGACAUGGAGUCGAUUGAUGCGCUGACCAACGCGCUGAAGCUGUUCAAGGGCGGCGUGGUGCUGGUCUCCCACGACGAGCGCUUUAUUGACUCGGUGUGCACGGAGAUGUGGGUGUGCGCGGACCGCAAGGUCACCAAGUUCUCGGGCGAAGGCAUCAAGGAGUACAAGAAGCUGAUCUGCCCGCCAGAGGAGCAGUAGGUGCUUUUUUUUAUCGUCGCAAAUUCUACAGCUUACGCAGAUACUAAAAAUCGGCCCCUCAUCUGCGGCUAUUUUGUCAGC